AUGGGGUUGCCUCAUCCGUUAUUACAUCCUUUGAAAAAACAGCAUUCAUUUGUUUACGAGACAUGCACCUGCAAUUACAAGCUCUUCCAUUUCAGACCUUACAACAGUUGCCCUGUUCUUUUAACUUCCCACCAAGAAUGCUAAGCACCUGAGCCUGUAAUAUUAUGGACAGACAGCACAAGGAUGUUACGAUUAAGGGCUCGCAUAGCCGGCACCCUUCUGUAUCAGUAAAAAGUUUGCCUAGGAGGGUGUUUUUGCAGCUUAUGGGGUUCAGUCCCAUAUCGUUGUGUAUUUAUCCUCUUUUUGCUGCCCCGAUGCAAGAUAUGAAUGAACCUGAAGUGAUUCGGACAUUGAAGCUUUCCAGUGGGGUGAGAAUUCAAGAAAUUAUUGAAGGGGAGGGACGGCAAGCUCGUGACGGAGACUAUGUACAAGUAAACUAUGUCUGCCGACGAUCAAAUGGAUAUUUCGUUCACAGCACUGUGGAUCAAUUCAGUGGAGAAAGCUCUCCUGUCACCCUUCCUUUGGAUGAGAACCAGAUUAUAAAGGGCUUGAAGGAUGUUUUGACGGGCAUGAAGGUUGGAGGAAAGAGAAGAGCAUUGAUACCUCCUUCCGUGGGAUACAUCAAUGAAAACUUGAAACCGAUUCCUGAUGAGUUCGGUCCUCGGCGUAGCCUCUUAUCUCAUGCCAAAGAACCUUUGAUCUUUGAGGUCCAGCUUCUGAAGAUAUUAUAAAGGUUGUUGUGUGAGAAACUAUGUUUUUCCUUCUCUAAAUAGCCAGUAGUAGAAGAAAUGACGUAAAUGAGACAUUGUAAGCCAUACAUUACUGCAUUACUUAUAAUAUCAGAUUCAAAAUUUUCUCAGCAA